CGAGGGGAGAGAUGGCGCCCGCUGCAGGAAGCGCCUUUGUCCUGCCGGGGCCAGGCGGGCCCUUCUCCUUCCCUUCCCCUCCCCACCCCUCCCGCCGCCGCCCUUUUGCUUUCGCUUUACCGCCAGCCGCCAGCCGGCGCGGCCAUGGAGAACGGCGCCGUCUACAACGAGACCACUGAGCCUCAGGCCAAGCCGCCCCGCCGCCCCUUCGGCUGCACCCUGCAGCACCUGCGCGGGUGGCGGCUGCCGACCAAAGCGUUCCAAGCGAUUCUCUCUCUUCUGGCUGUUAUUUUUGAAGAAAUUGUGGAGGAUUGUAUCAAGUGUGGUGGACUUUACUUCUUUGAAUUCAUAAGCUGGAGUGCCUUUCUUUUGAGCCUAUUCAUCCUGUGUGUGUAUUGCACUGAUGUAUAUGAAACAUUUGGAGAAGAUAAAGCACAGAGAGUGAAUUUUUGGGCCAUGUCAGCCAUAGGUGUCUUUUUUCUGAUAGCGUCAAUAGUGUUUGUUGUGACCAACUCUGGGUCUGCUCUGGAAAAAGCUGCAUGUGCAUUUGGAUUUCUUGCAAGUUUUGCAUUUUUAGCUGAAGUUAUUACAGAGCAUUUUCACAGUCAGAAACAAAACAUCAAUGGACACACUGAAAAUCCUGGCAACACUCAGAGUGCCACAGAAAAUCAGCCCCUGAAUAAACAAAGCUAACUUUCUGCAGUUCUUUUUCUUUUUUUUUUCUUAAUGGAGCAAACUAAAACAAACUUUUCAGCGCACCGUAGGUAACAACUUCUGUCUCUUCACUCUAAUCAAUUUUGUAUCACAAAUUUUUAUAGAUCCUUAGAUCAAGUAAUGGCACCUUGAGCAUCAUGUUCUAAGGUAACUGGUCGUGCUUAAUAACUGGUCUUGCCACCUGUCCAAGUGACAUCCACUAAAACACUUGUGUCUAAAUAGAAUAACUUAAGGACAAGAGGGUGCUGAUUUGAUUUUGACAGAGGUGACUAAUAAAGGUUAACGUGUAAUGCUUAAAUUUUGAGCUAUACCCUAAAGAUAUUUUCUGUAUAAAUGGACCAGAUACUUCUGUUACAAGUUAUAAAUUAGCUCAGCAGAAUUCAUUCUUGUACUUAAUGGUCAAACUGUGAAUGUAAAAGGGAUGCCUAACUGGGGCCUUACAGAAAUGCUUGUCCUUACAUAGAGGGCUUUGUUUUGGUUUUACUAUUCAUGUGUCUCAGAUCUGUCUCUGGAGAUCAGUUCAAUGGGAUAGUGAGUGUAGGGGUUUUAUGGGGUGUGUAACAGUCUAUUAAGAAGAGAGUUUUUCACCCCAUAAUUGUCAAAGUUUGGACUUGCAUGCCAGAAUCUUAUUUCAGAUUGUUUCAAGCUCUAUAAAGGUCACGAAAAGAAACUUGAGAAGCCAGCUGUGAGAGGAAAAAGAUUAAGAAUAAAUCUUUUCAAAAAGUCAUCUCAAAAGUAGCAAUUGAACAUCAAUGGGGAGAACAUUAAAGCAUGUUGGUACUAUCCUGGUGAAUAUUCCUCUCAAUGUUAAUACUGUAUGGAGCUUGCUUAUGCAUAGUUAACAGUAAUUUUUGCCAGAAUGGUUAUGGACCCCACCAUUUUCUGGUUUUUUUUUAAUAAAUAUGGCACUAGCGUGAGAUGUCUUGCUACUGACUAGCUCAGUUGGUAAACAGGUAAAUAAGUACUUGUACCCUUUGUCUUAAAAGCAACCAGCUGUAGGACUGCAAGAAACGCUACUGAUGCAAUGCACAUCAGACAGGCGACAGACGUAUCAGGCCAGAUGUUGAUGGUUGUAAAAUAAAUGGAGCCAUGAAAAAGCAUUUUUCAGAUGUCUGAGGUAGAAACAAGACUGCUAGACCUCGCUUAAGAGGAAAGCUUUUAAAGGCAGAGCAAAUUGCUGUAAGCCAGGAGAUGCUCCAAAAUACCAAAGCAAAUGAGAAAAAAGCUGAUUAUGCAAAAACAAUUCUUGUUUGAGUGCUUAUGACAUUUUCUGUGUCUUCCAGGCAUUAAUUCCAUUUCAUCAAUACCCUACUCUGACAGAUUUAUAGUCCUGUAACCUGUUGUGGCAGCAUUGAGACUAAGCCCUUCAGAAAUUGGCUGAGCAAGCCAUAUUUGAAAACAGAUGAGGAAGCUGUUGUAAGACAAAGGACUGUAACAGAAGGUCAAAGUUCUUUAUUUCCAGUGCUGCCACUUUCUGGUGAAUGUGAGUUUGUGAUUUUCUCUCUCUAAGCUCUGAGACUUAAGCCUAACACUACACUUUGCUUGGAGGAUAUAAAAUUUUGACAGGUGACAUGAAGCAUCAGGUUUAAGCUGUAUCUCCGUUUCAGAGCCAUGCAUAAAAGCCAUAAUUUCCUUCAUCAAAUUUCCUGCUUUGCGAAGAAAUGCUCUUUGAACUGGCUUUUUUGUAUUUAUUAGUGUCCAUUUGCAAUAAAACCUGAUCUCAGUCUACAUGUACAGAGCUUGCUGUAGCUGUCUCUGAAAACUGGGUAGAUUAGAGAUGUUUUGUUUACAAGCAGUGUUACUGGUGAUAUGAAACUUGCCAUCUCCCUGCUGUGAUUUGCAAUGUCUUACUUUGGGAAUUGUGCCCAUAUCUAUGAUGAACAUUCUAAGGGUGUUUUUUUUGUUGUUGUUUUUUUGUUGCCCAGGAUUCUACUGAAUUUGUUUUCACAUCAAAAUGUCUGUAGUCUCUAAAUCUUGGUCUAUAAUUAAAAGCUGUAAAUAUAGUGUAGGAGUAACAAUGUGCUGCUGGUAUUUAUUAAGCAAUGCAGCACCAUGAUGGCACUUUUCUCUUGAGAUGAUUUUUCGUGUAAUUUUUUUCAGUUUGAAAAUGCAUGAAGAGAGUUCUGGGUUUUGGUUGCUUUUUCUAUAGACUUUUCGCCACCUAAGUGCUUUGCUCUUGGUGUCCAUUCCUGUAACUGAAAAGAAUCUGUAAUGUCAUCUCUCUGCCUUGACCUCCCUAUCUAUGAUACCUACUACUGAUACUUCACAGAGAAACUGAAAUACAGAGCAAGUUAUUUUUAUGAAAAGGUGUCACAAGGAGUUGGUGUCAGAAGAAGUGACAGACCGGGUUCUCCUGACUCCCAUGAUCUGACCAUUAGGUCUUUUUAAACAAAUACUGCCCAGCUUUGCAGAAUAGUUUGAUGUGUUCUCCUACUAUGUACAUGCUGGCAUCCCUGGCAUGUUUUGGAAUGUUAGAGUGAGGGGAUUUUGGCGUGUUUGUAGUUUUCAUUUUAGCUGUUCCAAGUUUAUACCCAUUCUCUCACCAACUGACUGAUCCGUGUAUAGUUUUUGAGGAAUCGAUUCCAUCUGUGACUGAAAGGGAUGCAGGUGUUGCCAUCAGCUAAGGAAAACAGCUCACAGUAGACUUUGGGAAAACUGGUGAGUUGUUUUCCCGUAUGGAGCUUACUAAUAGGAAGAGUCCUGCUAUUCUUUACAAUACAUGUUGCUCCGCUCCUCAUACUGUUUAUCUGGCAUUAAUCUGUCACAUAGUAGCUAAAUACUACAAGCAAGUCACAUAUUGGUUAUAAGUUUAAGGCAGCUGCUAGACUGUUGCUUCUAAACCAGUUGUUGGCCAACAAAGCAGUUUCUGCAUGGUGGUACUAUUAAUCCAAGGCUUACAAGUAUGAGAUGUUCUGUUUUAAAAGAGCCGAGAGGCAGGUUUGUUAGUGUGUUAUGCUGGUCUCUGCUGCUGCAAGGUCAUUUCCUUAACUGCUUUAGCAGCUGCCUAAGAUAAAGGGGCAGGUGUGGGGCCCUCCCAGGCGAGGUGGGGAGUGACUUCCUUGCUGCAGUGGCUGAGCAGGCUGUUCUCCUGCAGUCUUGACGUGCCCCCUUUGAUGCUUCUGGUGUCUGUCUUUUAAUUAGACUGAUCCCAGAGAAUGGCUUUGGAGCUGGAUUAAAUGUCUGGUUUUGCAGGAGCUCUGUGGCUGGAUGUCUCUUACCCCUCCCAUGCUCUGUCAGCAAAGCAGUCUGCUUGUUUCCCAGCCUGCUUCUGAUGAAAUCAGCCUGCUUUAUUUAAACCAGCUAUUUAAAUUGCUUACAUUAAGGUGACUGAUUUUGACUAAAGUGGAUUCAGGAUUGUUCAGGAGAGUGGUGGGGGCUCUGGCAGAAGUGCUGUCUUAAAUUUCUGCCUCUGUUUGCAAAGCAACCACCUCUGUACAAUCUUAACUGCUAGUAAGACCUGUGGAUGGAAGCAACUGGCCCAGUAUGUCUGUCUGGGGAUUUUCUUCUCCUUUUUGCACCAUGGUGGUUGGCAGUGGUGUUGUGAGCCUGCUCAGACACAUUCUAAGCUUUGUAUUCUCCAGCUGAGCCUGUCCAAAAAUAUUUAAAGGCUCUGCACCCACUUUCAGGCUUUGUUUAUGGUGCCUUGAGAAUCAGUGGAGAGGAUUCCCCAGGACAUGUGAGGACUUGUUAGGUGGCUGGACUGUGAGUUUCUGCUCUGAAGAUCUGCACAGGCAUUGUGUAGAUGGUGACCGUUGAUUUUUGUGUUUGGCGUUUAGCCCAUGUUAAAAUCACAAUGCUUCCAGUGCCCUUGGGUCCUAAAUACAUGAAGGAAUUGUGCCGUAGUGCUUGCACUCUGUGCUUAAAAAUAGCAGGGAAAGGUUGUGGUCUGUUACAGUUCUAUGUUUGCACCCUCCAACUUGAAAGAGCAAUGAGCCAUCUCACACAGUUCUGAGAGCUCUGCACAAGGUGUUUUUGCAUAAUGGCCAUCAUGGUGAGCCUCGUUCCAAUUCGUGCAAUAAAAAUACCAAGCUUUCUACACUGAAGGGAAAUACUUUGUGAAAUUUUUGAAAGGUCAUAUAAAAUUGUAAAGAAUCAGGAUGCUGGUGGUGCCUUUAAGAAGGAGACUCAUCUUUGGUUUAGUCUACUACUUCUGUAAACCUAGGCAGUUCUGUGGAUAUUAAAUGUUGUGCUAUUCAGAACUGUCUAUCACUUUGAGACUUUAAGUGACUUAAUGAUUAUUAAAUAAGGAUGAUAAUACAGUAAUUUUAUAAAUAUAAACAUUUUAUACAGUUUUGUUGCCAGCGUUGCCUUGAAUUUCCCCUUAAAUAAUUUUGAAAUACUUAAAUAUUUUUCCAUUCUAAACCUGUGGUCUUUUUUAAUGUAUUAUGCUUUUUUUUUGUCUUAAGAGCUUUCUAAAGUAUUUUGUAAUCAUUUUUUAAAAAUAAAAUAAAAUACUACUAAAUAACUUAAA